GAAACAGAUCUAUUAGAUCUGUUGAGCUUCUGCAGCUAGCAAAUUAAGUUGGGUAAAAUAUAGCUCCUAGCCCUUUGACAAGUCGACCGACAAGCCGGGACCUGCGGUAUAUCAUUGUGUGUAUUGGUAGCUGUUGUUGAGCUGCUCACCCUGUUGUUCUCAUGCGAGACCAUGAGUCGAGUCGCGGAACGGAGAUCAAAACAUCGCGAGCCUGCAGCUCGAUAGCAUAUGGGAUUAUCUACCGACAAGCUGGAUUGAAUUCUCAGCGGUAAUAGAUUUUGGUUACCUACCUCUUUCCAUAACAUUGUUAGAUUCGAGCUCAUCCUAUACCGUUUGAGUUGACCUCUCACGAUACCAUCGGGUAAGCGAUAACUUGAUCAACUACUUGGUACGAGGAGGAAAAGUGCGUCAAGUAAAAUGGCAAGCGACGUCGGCGAGCCGGACGUUCCAGCCUCUAAAGCAGAGCAGGAUGAAGAAAAUCGCAGCGCGACACCGACUUCACCUCCUCCACCUCCCAUUCCCUCAGCAGACCCGAAGUUGGUACUGCAAGCUCGAACGCCACCGCCGCUUCAUACCGCUCCGAGUCCUUCCUCUCACGAUCUCUUCAAGCUAUCCCCAAUUGCUGCUCUCAAGCUGCUCAGCGCUAGUAUCGAAGCGCUUGUUCGCAUUACGGGCGAUAUACCUCCAACACCCCCACCCGCGAGCCCAACCAUUCCUAAUAUGCGUAGUAUGCAACGGGAGAAGGCGGAAAUUGUUAGAUCUCUUUCGGAAAAGAGUCUGGUUCGACUGCGAGAACAGGCCGAAGCCCAAGCUCGAGCUCAAGCUCAGGCACAGACCCCGGGACAGAUGACAUCUACCCAGCCCAUUGAUGGUGUCCAUCUCAAAAAGUCGUCUGCUUCUUCACCGCCCAAGAACACCCCUGAGCCGUAUAUAGUUAUUGGUGCUGAUUCGCAGCCACUCAAUCUUCAGCACGGCGCAAUUACGAGAAAAUUCUUUAGUAAACAGCCUCCGCCGAUCAGUAUCGAGGACUAUUUGCUCCGCAUACAUCGGUUUUGCCCUAUGUCGACUGCCGUAUAUCUUGCAACGUCGUAUUAUAUCUUCCGGCUCGCUGUGGAGGAACGAGCUAUCCCUGUUACCCGGAGGAAUUGCCACCGUCUACUUCUGGCGGGUCUGAGAGUAGCGAUGAAGGCUCUCGAGGAUUUAAGCUAUCCGCACGCUAAGGUCGCUCGGGUUGGUGGAGUGAGUGAGAUUGAAUUGGCGAGGCUGGAAAUUAGCUUCUGCUUUUUAACCGGCUUCGAAUUGGUAAUAGGGGAGGAUACCCUCAAGAGCCACUGGGAGACAUUGAAGCAUGGUCAUGGCCUUGUGGGCUUUAAGCUUGCUCAAUCUGAAGAUGAUGGAAUACCUACUUUGAAAUUGGAUGCGCCACCGAAAAGGGGGUAAAGUAUAGAUCCUGAGGAAUACCUCUAGGCGUAGGCGUUACCGCGAUGUUGCGCAUAUACAUCGGGCGGCAGUCUGGAAGGGAUGAAGAAAAGAGGGAUGAAGAAAAAAAAAUUAAAAAAAUAACAAACACCUCCUGUGGCCCAGCCCAACACAUAUAUUUAAUCCCGGGUGUUGGCUACUGCGCCUCCCUACUUUCGAUCUCUGGGACAUUUCCUUUGCGAC